GCGACCGCUGGCCCCGCACUGCUGAGGAGCAGAGUCUGCGGCUUGGGGACCCCUCAUCCCUGGCUGUCCCCCAACUGCGCGUCUCCACACAACACCCGCAGCCGAGCCACCACUGGUGUGGAGGUCUCCGCUUCGCGGAAGAGCCUUCAGCCGUCACCCGACCCCUCUCCACAGCCUCUUUGCAUCUCGGAUUUCGGGGCAGCCCCCUCCCCCACCUCUCCCUCUUUGCACCCCGAUUUUUUCUGUAUUUCUCUCGGGUUUUGCAGCCGUCUAUUUUUGCUUCCCUUUUCGUUUUGUUUCUAGGAGGUUGAAGGGGCUGAAGCUGCAUUCGCACCCUUUCCCCUUUUUAUCCUCCCCUGCUCUGACAAACCCCUUUUCAUCGCAGUUGGGGGGGCCUAGGAUCGUUGCAUCCCACGCCGCGCUGCUAGCAACCCGCAGCGCGUGGCGGUGCACCUCGGAAUCUGCAGCAGCUGCAUAUCUAAAGGGGGUCUCCCUCUCCCCUGCUGCCUUUGCUCCCAACGCGUUCCGGUGCGUGGAAGGGGGGGCUUCAGCGCGCCACACACCAGCUUCUCCGGAGCUCUCCGCCCCGCGCGGGACUCGUCUCCCGCCGCCAAGAUGGUCAUCCAGAAAGAGAAGAAGAGCUGCGGGCAGGUGGUUGAGGAGUGGAAGGAGUUCGUGUGGAACCCGAGGACGCACCAAUUCAUGGGCCGCACCGGGACCAGCUGGGCCUUUAUCCUCCUCUUCUACCUCGUCUUCUAUGGCUUUCUCACGGCAAUGUUCACCCUCACCAUGUGGGUGAUGCUGCAAACUGUCUCUGACCAUACCCCCAAGUACCAGGACCGACUGGCUACACCCGGCUUGAUGAUUCGCCCCAAGACUGAAAACCUUGAUGUCAUUGUCAAUGUCAGUGACACUGAAAGUUGGGACCAGCAUGUUCAGAAGCUCAACAAGUUCUUGGAGCCUUACAAUGACUCCAUUCAAGCCCAAAAGAAUGAUGUCUGCCGCCCUGGGCGCUAUUAUGAACAGCCAGAUAAUGGAGUCCUAAACUACCCGAAACGUGCCUGCCAGUUCAACCGGACCCAGCUGGGCGACUGCUCCGGCAUCGGGGACCCCACACACUAUGGUUACAGCACAGGGCAGCCCUGUGUCUUCAUCAAGAUGAACCGGGUCAUCAACUUCUACGCAGGAGCAAACCAGAGCAUGAAUGUUACCUGUGUGGGGAAGAGGCCCCAUCACUAUAGGGACAAUGGGCGAGAUGAAGAUGCUGAGAAUCUGGGCAGUUUUGUUAUGUUCCCUGCCAAUGGCAACAUCGACCUCAUGUACUUCCCCUACUACGGCAAAAAGUUCCAUGUGAACUACACACAGCCCCUGGUGGCUGUGAAGUUCCUGAAUGUGACCCCCAAUGUGGAGGUGAACGUGGAAUGCCGCAUCAAUGCUGCCAACAUCGCCAUAGACGAUGAGAGAGACAAGUUCGCUGGCCGUGUGGCCUUUAAACUCCGCAUCAACAAAACCUGAGGCCCCUUCCUGCCGCCCCCACCUCUUUCCUAUGGAUGCUUCUGGAAUGUCCCUGACCCUGCCUGAUCCCUCCCUCAUCCACCCGAAAGGUAUUUUUUAUAACAGAGCUAUGACUUUCUGAACCUGUCAUGCCCUUUUCCCUAACUUCUGAACCCAGCCUGAUGUCCAUUGUGAUUCCCCGCCUUCACAUAUGUCCCACCUUCUCCUGACCCUAGCUCAGUCAGACAGGGAGAUGGGACCCCAACAGGGUCACAAAGGGACCAUUCUGGUUCUGGUUUAGCUGUGAGUGGGGUGUCCCCACAGCUACCCUCCUAUCCCAAGAGCUAUAGAAAUGCCCACCCACCUCCUCUCCUCUCCUCCCUCCCUCCCCUCUCAUUUUACCACUUAGCUUCCAGACAGGAGUGUGGCACUCCAUGCUUCCAUUUCUAAGCACAGCCACUGUCACCUUUUUCUAUCUCCCACACUUUCUCCUUCAUAUACACAAUCACUGUCUUGGUGGCUUUUGACUUUUCUGGCUCCUCUGGGAGGUCUUUCCCCACCUCCUUCCUCUGCAUCCCCAUUCUCUCCUCAGGACAGGUGGCUCUGUGGCCUUUUUCCUUUUUCUUGGCACAUUCUGCUUCUCAUCCUAUGGUGGCUGAGUGAGCUGGGAGUAAAGGUCUGAAAGAGAAGUCUGUGUUGGUUCUUCUUGAAAAUUCUCUUCCUGGUCUGUCCUAUCACCCAUAUAGGCACUCCUGAGAGGCAGGGUUGACCUAGGCUGAAUAUCCACUUUGUUUUUGCCUAUGACUCCCUUCCCCCUGUCCACUUUCCCAGAAUAUCCUUCAAGUUCCUCUUCCCAGGAGCCCUGGGGGAGGGGCAGCCAUUUUGGAUCUGUCCCCAGUGGCCACCUUGGAAACAUCAGCGGUCUGUGGGACUAUUCCACCUCCUUCCCGGGGCCCAGAUCUGCCCCCACCAUCCUCUCACUGGCUUCUCUUAGCAAUUUAUCAACUAGUUACUAACUCCUUACCUUUCCUCCGCAUGUCAGCCUGAAAGUUGCAAAUACCCCCUCAAUCUAGGCUCUGAAUUUCCUGGCUCUGUCUCCUUCAGACCCCUUUGCAUUUUUAAACAACCCCCUAGUGCCCAUAGAAUUGUAAGAGGGACUGCCUCGCCUGUAUUCUUGAAUUAGAGGCAUUUUAACUCUUUCUCUUCCAGUGCCCUUCAUUUCCUCACCUUUCUAAUCUCCCUUUUCAUUUUUGAUGCUGCUGCUGCCACACCUCACCCACAGAUGGACCCUUCCCUUUUCUUUCUGGAUCUGCGUUUCUUCCCUUUGGGUCCCCAUAUUUUCCUGCACUCCCCUCAACCCAGUGGUCUCGCUGCAGUUAUUUAAUGCCUGUGUCAGAUCUACUGUAAAAAAGAGGAUAAAGUACAAUAAAAUGAGAGUAAUUAUAUAUAUAAAUAUAUAUCAUACACAGAGCCCUGUGUGCGGGUGGUUCCUUUCUGAACAUCCCUGGAAAGGGGGUGGAGGGUAGAUUUAGGUGAUCUGGGGUUACCCAGGCUUUGGGGAGCUGCUCCCCAGCUUUGAACUCUGUUGUUCAGUGUCUCAGCAUCUACCUUAGAUUACUCCUUCACCUAUACUAUCUUGAUCUUGCAAUACAAGACAGGAAAUCUACAUUCCUUUGUACAGCAAUACUUAUAAAGUGCCUACUAUGUACAUUCUAGGCACUGAGGACACUUUUAUGAAAGAGGCAGAGUUCUUGCCUUCAAGGAGUUCCCCAAUUUAAUGGGAGAAGUGAGGACCAUGUGAGAAAUUACCAUACCAGGUAGACCUAAAUGUGCCUAAGGAAGGGAAGCUGGUGAGGACGAAAUUCAGUGGUCAAACACUUUCUGUUUGGGGUUUCGAAGGGAAGAUUUCUUAGAGACUUAAAUGACUAGAAGAGACAUAGAUCCCAAGAUAUCAACCAUAUUGAGCUUAAUUUCGUGUAAAAAGUUCACAAGCAUAGAAAAAGGGAUGGAUGGGUCUAUACAACGUUUAUUGUGGUAUAUGGGAUGAGUUUAUAGCUAAUUUUUAUUUUCUUGGGGCUUCUUUUGUUUGCGAUAAGCUGGUCUUAGUGUUUGCCUUGAAAAAUAGCUUUAUUACAUAUGCAUACAUAUUUACACAAUUUUAAUCAUGAGUGCUUAGCACACACACAUAAUUCACUGGGUUUUGGUCAUUGCUAUACCAAAAUUGAGAAUUAUAUACACUUUUGUGCAUCUCACUUUUUUCACUCAAUAAAUUUGUGUCACUACUUCA